AACACAAUUGGCUUGUCCGAAUACUCAUAGCAAAAUUACCACUGAAAUUAGUGGAUAGUUGUUGAAGAAUCCAAGAUGGCUGCCAAGACCAUUUUGUACGUGACCUUUCUGCUUAGUUGUAGUCUGGCCUGCAUCAGCGGGUCUCUGCUAUUUGGAGCAUUUAACGUUCAGACUCUGGGCGUGACUAAGAUGGGAAAACCGGAGGUGGUAGACUACCUUACUGAGAUUCUGGCGCGUUACGACGUGGUUCUGAUACAAGAGCUACGGGAUGCAUCUGGCGAAGCUAUUGUGGACCUUCUAAACGCACUGAACGAAUACUCCCAACACACAUACGACUUCAUCAUCAGCUCCCGUAUGGGUCGAUCAUCUUACAAGGAGCAGUAUGUUUACUUCUACAAUCCCAGCAAGGUAUCCGUGAUUGACGCCUACGAAUAUCCCGAAUCUCACGAUGAAUUUGAGAGACAACCAUUCAUUGUUCGAUUCCAAAAAAUAUGCCAUUGCUUUGGUCUGUCCGAGUUUGCUGUGGCCGGUAUUCAUAUCAAGCCAGAUGAUGCAGUCACUGAAUUGGACUACCUUAGUGAGGUGUAUGACCACAUUGUAGACACCUGGGGAUUGCAGGAUGUGAUGAUAGCGGGCGAUUUCAAUGCUGACUGCAGCUACGUCAGUUCCUCCAAGUGGUCCAACAUCCGUCUACGAACUGAGUCUCGCUUCGCCUGGUUGAUCUCUGACUCUGCUGACACCACUGUCUCUAGCACGGACUGUGCGUACGAUAGGAUUGUUGUGGCAGGAUCUGGUAUGAUCGCUAAUUCACGUGCAGCUGCAACCUACUACUUUGAUUCCCAGCUUAGGCUGGACCAGACAACGAUUUUGAGUCGUUACGACCUCGUCAUGGUACAAGAACUACGAUCUUCCUCGCCUGACCCCAUCAAUGAACUCCUGAGUGGACUCAACCAAUAUUCCAGCAAAAAUUAUGGCAUGGUAGUAGGUCCGAGGGAGGGCCGUUCCUCGACCAAGGAGCAGUAUGUCUUCUUCUACAGGACUGACCUAUUCAGAGUGAAGGACCAAUAUGCGUACGUCGAGAAAAAUGAUGAAUUUGAGCGUGAGCCGUACAUCGUGCGUUUCGAAUCUUUGACUUCUUCCUCUCUGCCUACGGACUUUGCCGUUGUGAACAUCCACACCAAACCUGGCUACAAGUACACUCGUUAUGAGGUCGACGCCCUGGCUGAUGUCUAUGAUGAUGUAGUCUCCAAGUGGGGUUUAACGGAUGUUAUAAUCACGGGAGACUACAACGCCGACUGCGAUUACGUCAAAGCAUCCUAUUGGCCAACUAUCCGGUUGCGAACAGAGAGUCGUUUCUAUUGGCUGACGCCUGAUGAAGCUGAUACGACUGUUUCAAAUACAGACUGCGCAUACGACAGAUUCGUGCUUGCAGGAUCUAAGAUGACCGCUAAUCUCCCUAGCUCUCGUGUCUUCUACUUUGACAAUGCUUACGGCUUGGAUCAAGAUACCGCAAAGACGGUCAGUGAUCACUAUCCUAUCGAAUUGACAUUCUAAGCGUCCAUACAUCACUUACAGUUUGAAUCGAUCGAGAUGAGGCCACAAUUCACUGAUGGAUGCA